UCGAAACCCCAAAACGCUCAAAUCAUUUCCAUUUAUCCCUUUUCUGUCCCCUCCGAGGCUCCAUUCGAUCGGCCACUCUUCGCCCGUUGCGCUCCUUCGAACCCUAGCUCUGCAAUCGCGUCUCCGGGCCCUCGGCGCUUCGCCGGGAGAGCAAGCCAAGAUGUACGCGGAUCGGGAGGCUUCCGGGACGAAGAGAUCGAUCCAGGAGCGCCUCAAUGGCGGCCUGGCCGACGAUGUCGGCCGGACCAGAUACGCCACCGGGAAAAGGCAACGCCAAACUGAUGACAGAUGGAAACAUGAUCUUUACAAGGAUGAUGAAGGACCUCAAGUUUCAAUUGGUGCCAAAGAUCUUCGAUUGAAGCUUCAGAAAAAAGACAUGCAGCAAGUUUAUCAAGGUGGGAAGAGAUCUGGAGUACGAGAUCUUCGUGAAAAGCUAUCUGGCACAAUGAACCCACUGCCAACCAGUACUCAUCUGCCCAAACCUAAGCCAGUCUCUGAAAUUGUUAAACCUGUUCAAAAAACCGACGCUGCUGAAGCAACUGUACUGGACACUAAAAAAGUCCCUGCCCCAGCUUCUUCUAAGAAGCAGUCUAAGCAAAAGUCUGAGUUGUCAGUGGACAGUUUAUUGCGAUCUCUCGGUCUAGAGAAGUAUUCAAUAACAUUCCAGGCAGAGGAGGUUGAUAUGACAGCUCUUAUGCAUAUGACUGAUGCAGAUCUAAAGGCUUUAGGAAUUCCAAUGGGUCCUAGGAAAAAAAUACUUUUGGCCUUGGAUUCUAGAGACUAGAAGUGUGGUGGUGAAAAACCGUUCGAGGCAAUUAUUUAUUCUGUUCUUGCCAGUAGCUUUUGAUGAUUACCGGGUUUGAAUGUGAUCAAAUCCUUUAUCAGUGGAGUCAGUUGCACACUGACCUGUGCACUUAUGUUCUUUAACUCUACAUCAAUACCUGAUGAGAUUUUGUGCAAAGCUCAUUUGUAUUCUAAAUCUUAUAGGUGCAUUCUGGUGAAGAUUUUCAUGUCAACUGUAUUUUCAAGGCCUCUUUCCCUCCCAAACACGCACAUACUCACACAAAUACACAUCA